GAGAGAAGUGAGGUCAAAGGGUGAGGUCCAUAGAGAGUGGAGGAGGUAAAGAAGGAAGGAGAGAGGGAAUAGAAGGAGGUUAGACUAGACUGGUCUACGUGCAUUUUGACAGGAUGACGAAUCAGCAGCCAGUCCACCAGUCUAACAAGGCCCAUUAUGAUGAGCCACCCAUUGUUGAAGCUGGAGUGUUGGAUUUGUUGGAACCCAAACUUCCCAAUAGUUUCUUGGGAACCUACUGUGGCUUCCUCAUCCGAAACUCACUGCUCGUCCUCACUAUACUGGGUGUAAUAGCGGGGUCGCUGUUUGGGAUGCUGCUGCGGUAUGUUUCUAUUACAGACCCCAACACCCUGAUGCUGGUGUCCUUUCCUGGAGACAUCCUCAUGAGGAUGCUGAAGAUGCUCAUCUUGCCCCUCAUCAUCUCCAGCCUAAUCACAGGUCUGGCUGGUCUGGAUGCUCGUUCCAGUGGGAGGAUGGGCUCCAGGGCCAUGGUCUACUACAUGUCCACUACAGUCAUAGCUGCCAUCCUGGGGGUCAUCCUGGUCCUGGGGAUCCACCCGGGAAACCCCAAACUCAGGAGCAGUCAGGAGCAGGACACGGCCCCCAAGAACCAGGAGGUCAGCAGUCUGGAUGCCUUCCUGGACCUCAUCAGGAACCUGUUCCCUGAAAACCUGGUGCAGGCCUGCUUCCAACAGGUUCAAACAGUAGCAAAGAAAGUGUCAGUGAUGCCCCCGAACCAGACAGAACCUGUCAUAGUCAGCAAGAAGAAACUGGAGUUCAAAUGGGGCAUGAAUGUUCUGGGUUUAAUUGGGUUCUUCAUCACAUUUGGAAUGUGCAUGGGGAAGAUGGGAGAGAAGGGGAAGCUCAUGUCAGAGUUCUUCAACAUCCUUAAUGAGAUCAUCAUGAAGAUGGUGGGCAUGAUCAUGUGGUACUCUCCAGUUGGUAUCGCCUCUCUGAUCUCAGGGAAGAUAGCAGCCAUCGGGGACCUGGAGGUGGUGGCUAGACAGCUGGGCAUGUACAUGGUGACUGUCAUAGUGGGCCUAAUGAUCCACGGGGGCAUUAUCCUGCCACUCAUCUUCUUCUCCAUCACAAGGAAGAGCCCCUUCACCUUCUACUCCGGGAUCUUCCAGGCCUGGAUCACUGCCCUGGGCACCGCCAGCAG